AUGCUGAACAUACAUGCGACCACGCACGCUGCGGCCCCCAGGGAGCCAUACAUGAAUGCUAAGAUGGAGAAACUCAAGCGCCCCUCCAUAGCGUUGGCAGGGACGGCUGAGACCUGGUCAUACUUUCUAACCCGCUGGGGUGAAUACAAGAGGGGGACUAAAUUGAUCGGAUCUGACAUUGUUACACAACUACUAGAGUGCUGUGAGGAAGAUCUGAGGAAGGACCUCACCCGCGCAGCAGGCAAGAGUCUAGUGGACAGUGAGGAAGAGGAUGUCCUCUCUGCCAUGAGGGCACUCGCUGUGCGUGCAGAGAACACAAUGGUAGCUCGGGUGACCCUGUCUAACAUGCGACAGGGACACGAAGAACCCAUCCGAUCAUUCUACGCUCGCUUGAAAGGGCAGGCGGACACAUGUAAAUAUGAAAUGAAUUGCACCAAAGAAGGGUGCAACCAAGUCAAUGACUUCACAGAGGACAUACUGCGCGACGUAAUCGCCCGUGGCAUAGCAGACCAGGAAAUACAGCUUGAUCUGCUUGGCGAGAAAAAUCAAAAUAUGCCAUUGAGGGACAUGAUAGAAUACAUCGAAGCUAAAGAGUCAGGAAAGCGCUCAGCAUCACGGCUACUUGGUCCCCAGAGCACAGACGCAGUCAGCAGCUCGUACCGACGAGGGAAGCAGCAGGACACCCGUACCAAAGGGGGCACCAGGACAGAGACAUCAAAGGUCAAGCCUGAGGGGACGUGCAUCUACUGCGGCGAGACAGGCCAUGGAAAAACACCACAGUGGCGCACCAGGCGUGCUGAAUGCCCCGCAUAUGGCAAGACAUGUCGAAAAUGCAGUCGUCAGAACCACUUUGACAAGGCCUGCUUAGGUGGUCGUUCGCCUAGGCCCCCACCAGAGGAGACUGAUGGGGUGUGUGACGAACAGCAGACGGCCGCAUUCGUCGAGCUAUGCACGCUGACUGCAAGUAGCUCUAACGACAAGAUACGCACACUUCCCCUCGCCCACCACCUGUAUGAUGAUAUGUGCGAUAAGUGGACGAGGCGGCCAUCCAACCCACAGCCAUACAUCCACCUCACCAUCACCAUCGAACGCGAGGAUUACAAAGCGCUGGGCCUCGACCUUCAGAAACGCACCCGGGCCGUGACCCUGCCUGCCAUGGCUGACACAGGGUGCCAGAGCUGUCUAAUCGGUGUCAAAGUCGCCCAACGGCUGGGACUAAGUACAGAAGACCUUAUUCCCGUGUCCAUGACGAUGAAGGCCGCAAACGAUGAGGGAAUACGGAUUCUCGGGGCCGCCGUCGUCAGGUUCGCUGGUACCAGCAGCGACGCCCGUAGAUUGGAGACGCGCCAAAUCGCAUACGUGACAGACACCUCAGACCGUAUAUUCCUUUCUCGUACGGCCUGUGUAGACCUGGGCAUGAUCUCAGACAAGUUUCCAACGCUCGGGGAGGUCAACCUGGCGACCUCGGACCCAUGUGACUGCCCGCAACGCGCGGAGCCCCCAACCAGACCGACUACGCUCCCCAUGCCGGCCACUGAAGCUAACAGAGAGGCUCUACGGAAACACCUACUGGGGCUAUACGCUCAGAGCACAUUCAAUACGAACCUCAAGGAAAAGACCCUGCGCUAUCGCUUCCGCAUCGUACACGUGCCGGGGAUGAAGAACAGGGCCGCGGAUGCCAUGUCGCGUAGGCCGGUCGGCACGCUGUGCCCGUCACCCAUGGAUUUGCCGGACGACAAUGCUGCCAUGGUGACCCACCUCUCGCCCAGCACACACGCUGAUGUCCUGUCCCUUAUACGACUGACAGGGCCAGUAAACGACGAAGUUGAGGAAGGAGACCUGACCUGGUGCGCUGCUGGGCUUGAAUCGCUGCGGUCCGUGACGUGGGAUCGCGUCAAGGAGGCCACCUGCAGCGACGACGACAUGCGUGCACUGGAGGAGAUAGCAGCGGACGGCUUCCCCGAGUCGAGGACAGGAAUGCCGGUGGCCAUUCGCAACUUCCACCAAUACCGCGAAGACAUUACAUCUGCUGAUGGGGUGGUCCUGUACAAGGACAGAGUGAUCAUUCCACCCUCGCUCCGUGGUGAGUCGUGUGUGCAGCCCGGUGACACCUGUGGUGGAGUCUGGGCCCACCCCGCCGCCGACACAUCCACCUGCGGGCUCUCCCCGCCGCGGUUUGCGGCCAGUUUCCCUCAUGCCUGCGGUGCCAGCCCGGGACAUCCCUUGUACUCCGCCACCGGACUCUGUGGCCCCCUUGGCCCCUUCGCCGCCGGCUGCGUCGCCAGCUACGGGGUUACGCCGGUCCACCAGGAAAGCCGGUUGAAAGCAAAGAUGGCGGACGAUCUCGACAGAGUGCGAAUCUCUGCAGCAGAACUCCGAGCGCAAGUGACACAUUCAGGCAAAACCAGCAGCAGUCAGCGAGUACAAGAUGACGAUUUAACGGACAGACAGCAGAAGCCACAGAAGUCCCAUAAGAAGCGUGACGUAAAGAGGCCAGAUCUACAGCGAUAUUACCCCUCAGGAGGGCGCCGCCAUCAAGACGGCGAGGAAGGAGAUCUGCUCGAGGACCAUGACCCAGUAGAAUCGCACAAACUGCCCAAAGGGAGCAGAAAGAUGGCGGACAGUCAGGAGAGCACAGAUGGAGGAGCUGUUUCGAACAAAAGAAAUGAUGACAGAGUGAGAGAUAGAGCGGUGGCAAGAGACAAUCAAAAGUCCACGGCCAACUCAAAGCGUUACUCCAAAACCGACAUGAGACGCUCCCGAAAUCGAACGUACAGCAGCAGCUCUGCCAGCAGCGUGGCCAGUCUCGACUGUCCCGGGGCGGCUGCGGCUUCCAGGAGGCGACCGAAGCACAAAGAGAAUCACAACAAGAUGGCGGUUUUAAACAAAGAAGGCCGCAGGCGCCAUUUGCGAAGCUGGACCACCAACGGAGACUCUGACACCGAAUCUCUUGAUGGUAGCGAGAACAGCGACGUGGCGGAGGACAGAAGGAGGGCGGCUGUUGAGCGUUCGGCAGAGAGGCCGAGAAGCGAUAGAAAUGCAUCGAACAGGAAUAAAGAAGCAACUAGAGGCGUGCUAAAAGUGCCAUUCGAGAAACAGACAAUAAUCGCUGCGUCGCCGACUGACCACCGCAAACUCGCCAUGGCUCCACGCGCCAGAGGAGGUGGGAUUCUCGUGCUCCCGUCCCGCACCGACAUAUCCCAGCAGGCGGAAGUCGGGCAGAGACUUUUCGGCGGGAUUCGAGGAGGCGUAGGAGGAGGAGUGCCGUCCCGAAGCAGAGGAGGCAGAGGCGGUGGGGUGAGGAGACUGUGGGACCCCAAUAACCCGGACCAGAAACCAGCGUUCGCCAACACCCAGCAGCAGCAACAGCAGCAGCUAUCGUCGCAUCAACAACACGCAUAUUUUCAGACGGGAACAGGCCACGCCCAGCUCCACUUCCUGGACACGGACGAUGAAGUGGCAGGUAGCCCCCCGGUCCAGCAGCAGCAAGAAGGAUUUCGGUCCCCUCAAGCUACAGCCAUGGCUUAUUACAAGUUUCAAAACUCGGAUAACCCCUACGGCUUUCCGGUCUCCGCCAACAACCCCACGGUGACCAGCAACCAGCGCUACGCCUAUCCCUACGCGGGGCCGUACCAGGUGGCUAACGACGCGUACGCUGGUGUGGGGCAGCCGUUCGUGGGGCAGUAUAGAGGGGGGAGCGUGACGUACGAGGAGGCGGAACAGCAGGCCAGAGGGGAGAUGUGGCGGCUGCUGAGGGCGGCGGACGCGCAUGAGGUGCAACUGGGGAACCUCCUGUCCCGCGACCGGAUGAGCACAGACGGACUGAAUCGCAUGGGUCAGCUCAGGGCAGACCUCUUGUCCCUUUACGAACAGAUGAUUCUCUCAGAUAUUGAGUUUUCUGAUUCUCAAAACGUGGACCAGGCCCUUUGGAAAAACGUCUUCUAUCAAGUCAUUGAACGUUUUCGCCAACUGCUGAAAGACCCGAACCACGAGAGCAACCCCAGCACCAGGAACACUCUGCUCACGCUGCUCGACGAGGGAGCUCUGUUCUUCGACACCCUGCUCCAGAAACUGCAGAGCGUGUAUCAGUUUAAGCUGGAGGACUACAUGGACGGUGUGGCCAUAAGAGCCAGACCUCUGCGGAAAGUGGUAAAGUAUGCUCUGAUCAGUGCCCAGCGAUGUAUGAUCUGCCAAGGCGACAUCGCACGCUACCGAGAACAGGCCAGCGACUCCACAAACUACGGCAAAGCUCGCAGUUGGUAUCUCAAGGCUCAGCAGAUUGCUCCUAAAAAUGGCCGCCCGUACAACCAGCUCGCUCUGUUGGCGGUCUAUACGAAAAGGAAGUUGGACGCUGUGUAUUACUACAUGCGGAGCUUGGCGGCCUCUAACCCAAUCCUGACGGCGAAGGAGAGUCUCAUGAGUUUGUUUGAAGAGGCUAAGCGCAAGGCAGAGCAGCUGGAGAGGAAGAGGAAGCAGGAGUGUGACGAUGGUUCCAGGGGUCCCACAGUGAAGGGCAGGGGCAGAGAGGACCGCAGCCGAGUGGAGAUCUGGAUCCGACCCACGGCUCAGACUUCGGGCCCGUCCCACCGCGGGGGGAGCGAGUCCAGCAGAGACUCUGAGCAGGAUGGAGAGCUGGGAACUCUGAGCACGGGGGAUCUGAAUAAAAGGUUUAUUCUGAGUUUCCUGCACGCUCACGGGAAGCUCUUCACUAAAGUGGGAAUGGAGUCCUUCGCUGCGGUGGCUGCUCGUGUCCUUCAGGACUUCCGGACUCUCCUCCAUCACAGCCCCUCAGUGCUCAGCAGCACAGUCCUGCUGCAGAUCAUCACCAUCAACAUGUUCACCAUCCACAACGCUCACAGCAGAGCGGAGGAGGGAGAGGCUCGCUCUGUGCUGCAGGAGCAGAGCACUGCUCUGGGUCUGGCCAUGUUCGCUCUCCUGGUGCAGCGCUGCACGGAUAUACUCAGAGGAAUGCAAACAGAAACUGUGUCCACUGCAGGAGACAAAGAGGAGCCGAUGGUGAGGGUCUCUGCGUUCCCUCAGGACCUGCGCGAGCUGCUGCCCAGUAUCAAAGUCUGGUCUGACUGGAUGUUGGGGCAACCGACCCAGUGGAACCCCCCGCCCUGCGGCCUGCAGUCCAGCCCUGACGUGUGGCGCUGCCUGGCUGACCUGUGUAAUGUUCUGGCCCUCGCGGACCACGAGGAGGUCCCCCUGUACAAAGUGGACUCAGAGGAGGUGGAGGGAGACGAGGACCUGUCGCUGCUGCAGCUCAAAGAGGACCGACUGCUCGCUGGCUUUGUGCCACUGUUGGCUGCACCACAGGAGCCGUGCUACACAGACGGACAGACAGAGAUGACAAUUGCAGAAGACUGUAAGAGGGUGACUGUACUCAAAUAUUUCUUGGAAGCCUUGUGUGGACAGGAAGAGCCUCUGCUGGCCUUUAAAGGUGGCAAAUAUGUCUCUGUGGCCUGUUCGCCAAACACUAAUGUAACAAAUAAACAAGUUACGUCCACACUGAAAGAGUCAGAGGAUGUGAUCGUGGAAGCAGACUCCUCCGUCUCGGCUUCAGAGGGAGAUGAGAUCGACGAGGCAGACGAUGGCGAGAACGGCAUUAAGGAACUGAGGGCACGCCGCCACGCUCUGGUGAACCAACUGGCUCAAGAGCAGAAAAGAAAGGAUAAGUUUAUGGCCGUGCUGCAAACGGGCGGGCCGCUGGAGCUGGAGGUGCAGCCUUUCUUUCUGGUUCCUGACACAAAUGCAUUCGUAGAUCAUUUGGACGGACUGAAGAAACUUCUGCAAAGUGGCGCUUACAUCAUUGUUGUGCCACUUAUCGUGAUUACCGAGCUGGACGGUCUGGCUAAAGGGCAGGACAAUUUGCUGGGGCCGGGGUCAGGUGGUCGUUCAAACUCCAACGUGAACGCUGCUCACAUAAAGGCGGUGCAGGAGAAGGCCAGAGCUGCCGUGUCGUUCUUGGAGAAAGGUUUUGAGUCACGUGAGCCGUACCUCCGAGCUCUGACCAGUCGCGGAAAUCAACUGGAAUCGAUUGCAUUCCGCAGCGAGGAUACGUCUGGGCAACAGGGCAACAACGAUGACGUCAUUCUGUCCUGCUGUCUUCACUACUGCAACGACAAAGCCAAGGACUUCAUGCCUGAUAAGAAAAACGGGACGGUGAGGUUAAGGAGAGAAGUCGUCCUCCUCACAGACGACCGUAACCUCCGCGUCAAAGCUUUGACCCGGAACGUCCCAGUCAGAGACAUCCCGGCCUUCCUGAGCUGGGCCAAAGUGGGCUGA